AUAUAUGAAUAUUGUAAAUUGAAUGUAUACAGAAAGUCAGUAACAAACCUCCAGCUUAGAUCUAUCCUAAAUUUAUUGUUAAACCAACACAAAAUAUCGCAUACAAGGAACGUCUAUACAUCCCAAUGGAUUUUGCAAAACUGGCCAGGAAUAUUUCGCAACGUUUAUCCAUGUCUUCACUCAUAGCUUUUGGAAUACUGCUCAUUCUGACCAUAACGAUUCUUAACCAAGAUUUAAGAAUGAGGAAAAUGGAAGAGAAAUCAGAACAAAACCGUGUCCUCUCCAAAAAAUCGCUCGAUGAUAAACCCGUUAACACACCAAAACCUGGUCUAGGAUCCCUGUAUACCCGCUGGGGUAGAACAGCCUGUCCUCCUGAUGCAGAUCUUAUAUAUGAUGGUGUGGUUGGUGGACAAUUCGCUCAACAAACUGGUGGUGGAAGUAAUUUCUUAUGUCUACCAAAUGAUCCGAUUUGGGCCAAUUAUACUACAGACGUUGAAGUGGCCGCACAGAUAUAUGGAUGCGAAUAUGAGAUACCAAUUGCUAAUAUGUUUUCAUUCGCUAACGCUAAAGCACUUUCAAAUCAUAACGUUCCGUGUGCUGUCUGUUUGACACGACAACCUGCUGUUGUUAUGAUGUUACCAGCCAGGGCACGCUGUUACCCUGGCUGGACAAUUGAGUAUUCGGGUUAUGUAAUGACAGCCAACAACGAUCAGAGGGGCAGGCAUGAAUAUGUGUGUGUGGACCACGCACCGGAAGCUGAUCCAGCAGGUUUCAGAAACGAGGAUGCAGCAUCAUUGUUUUUCGUUCAAGCUAUUUGUGGUUCAUUGCCAUGUCCACCGUAUGUCCAUGGCCAAGAAUUAAGCUGUGUUGUGUGCAGUAAAUACUAAAUAGAACUCAACUGCGUCCGUUUCAAUUUGAAAAUAUAUAUGGAAAGAUUGCAUGUGAUAAUGACAUAGAGCAGUAUAUAAAUACAUAAUUUUGUGUCAUGAAAUUUCAUUCAAGUUAUUCAUUUGGUUAAAAUAAGCAGCUGCAUAAUUUUUUAAACUGUAUUCUAAACGAGAACAUCGAAGGCGAAUAAUGCAAACCUCAGCGAAUAAUUCUUGAAAAACAUAUAAGCUUUUGUUUAUCGUUAUACAUUUAUAUACUGAAAUAAAAUGAUAUGUGAUUUUAAAA